UGAAAGGUCCAUAAAGUGUCGUGUUUGAUUCUCCCGGAGCUCUUUGCUAUUCCUAGCAGGCUCUGGGACGCUUGGGCUGUAGAAAAUAUUCAGGAUCCUUCGGAAAUGUCAUGCGCAGGCAAAAGGAGAAGACUUCGUCAAGGCAUAGGCAUCCGCCAGUCUCGGUGAAGGUGGUGCUUCGUAAAACACCAAAAAACGCUGAAACGACGGCGGGCACUCGGUGCUCUGGUGCCAAAGUUUCUAAAGAGAGGGACUAGGUCAUCUCACCAUGACUAUGAUUAGGCCGUAUCCACGCCAACCUCAGUUCAAUCAGCACCCGUAUCCAACAGACCUACAUUGUAACUCCCUCCCUCCUUCCCCUCUACAAUCGACGCAUCAAGAUACCACGAGAGACGAGCAGUUCAGCCGGCGCUGGCAACGCUUACCCCAACAAUACGCCCACCCAUUACAGAGGACAAACUCGUACCCUCAGCCAGGAGGGGGAAAUGACGCAAGGCAUUCAGAAGUAGUACCUUCUGAGCACCUACUCAGACGCAAAACACCGAAUGGGAUCAUCUCCGCUGCAUAUGAUGGAACAUCUGUUGAACAGAUGGGUAGACCACACGCCAUGAAGCAUAUUUUACUUCCCGUAACUUCGCAUGAUGGACGAAAUAGCGGUCCCGCUUACAAUAACUACACCCUCCAUAAAGAUCUGCCCGUAAAGGGCCAUGGAUCCACCCAUUUGGACGAGUCUUCGCAAUCGAAUCACAUAAUUCAGACGAGGCCGAACACUUGGAAUGCUGACAUGACGCUCGCGCCGCAUUUCACGAACAACAACUGGAACCGGAUGCAGCUCAAUCUCCCACAAAUUGACUCCAUGCUGAACCAAAUGCCAUCGCAACAUGCCCAGAUGCGGUACCAGCCAUUGUAUGGAGCUUUCCAGCCGUCUGUACAAAGUCCAGUAGGGCCUACUGCGUCGGGCGAACAGCUUCCUUAUGGGCCAUAUUGGCCGAAUGGCACGUUUAUACCCUAUCGGCCAGCAGCAAUUCGCGAUCCUCGCUUCUACUCUAAUGCUACGCCACCCUGGACGGGUUAUCCCAGUCACGGAGCACCACAGCAGAAUGUUCAUUUCAACCAACGUGUACAACAUCACAAUUCUGACAACUAUCUCUCUCAGUCCGUGAACCUGGAUCGGAACGUCUAUCCUGGAGAUCCCGCUUCGUCUUUCCAUUUCAAUACUGGGAAUAGCCAGAAUCAUUUAGCAUACCCGAACAACUUCCUCCCACCACAGCCCCAACAGUCGUCCCAAACAUUUCAUUUGCUGUCUCCGGGAAGCGCUCAAGAUCAGUUCCAAUACUCAGACUCCGGGCAUUCAAUACCACAUGCGCGUAACUUUCCAGCCCAGGACGUAUUGGCAGAAUUUGGACCUCAUUCAAGCAAUGCAGACAUGCGCGAGAAGGUCUUCACUUGGGCGCACUCUAUCUACAUCGAUCUCCUGAAGUAUCUACAGCAGACGAAACGGCAUGCCUCGCAUCAACGCACAAAUAAUCAUAACUCGGCUCGUUCAAAUUGGCAUCCUAAACCACCGCGGCAGCCAGACGCCAAUUUUGCCUCACUGCCAGUGACAAGGAAAUCGCUCGAUGGAAAAACUUCACAAAAUUAUAUGGAGCGACAUCGUGAUGCGCAGAUACAGGCCAAGUUGUCCGAUAAAUACCGCACCCUCCGCAGAAGUUCUGGGGCUACGGUUGCGCGAGCAUCUCCGCCUAAUUGGAUUGAUACAUCGACGCCUCAGAAGGCGGCCUCAGCGAUGGAGAUCUUGAGCCGGGUAUGUAACGAGAGUUCAUGGCAAUGGAUAGAUGGGAUGCUACUAGUCGGAUGCUUGGCGUAUGCUUUAUCCAACUAUGAAAAGGCCACAGAAUGGUACAGGUGUAUAUUGGAGCUAGACUCAAACAAUGUCGAAGCAAUGUCGAACCUCGCUGCGACGCUAUUGGCUCUGGGCCGAAAACAAGAGGCCGAGGAUCACUGGCUCAAAGCUAUCAGAUUACGACCAAGUUACUUCGAAGCGGUAGAGCAUCUCAUCGGACUGUUCUGCGGUGAUCACCGUACAAACGAAGCCGUCAAAUGUAUCGAAAGUAUUGAAAGAGCCCUUCGAUACGCCCGAGCCGGAGAUGCUCUCAAAGCAGCUGACGAUGAAAGCAACGAUGCUAGCUCACUGAGUGCCGCUUCAGAGGAGUCAGACCAACCAGUCUUUGAUUACGAUUUUGACAACGACCAAGGUCUCAGAGAUGCUCAGAAUUUGCCUGGCUCUGAGCUGCCUGGGUUUGGUUCCAGUGGAUAUGCAAUAGCAGGUCGCGACAAUGGGCGCAUGUUGGCUCUUGUCCACGCCAAGGGCAAUAUGUUGUAUGCCCUCGGAGACAACGUUGGCGCCGCUAAAGCGUUCGACAAUGCUGUUAUGAUUGGAGCAGGGCGCAAGAUUCAGGGGAUUACAGGCCUAAUCGUACGUAUUUUGGACGUUGUGGGUAAAGGAGGCGUCGAUGCCUCCUACCAUGUGGGAUCAUCCACAGAGCCUAUACUUCUUCCUCCUGACAAGGCCCUCGAUACUGCAAGAUUAUGCUUCCCGUCGCAGGGUGACCUGCCUGGACUUAAACAUGUCCCUGCGGAAGGUUUGGCGAGGAAGGCAGCAAUAUCGACAACCAGUAACUCAUUACUAUCUCUCGCUAAAAUCUUCCAGGAUGGCAUGGCUGCUAAUUCCUCCAAAGCGACGGCGUAUCAGGCAAAUUAUGGGGUUCGAGAAAUACUUGCAUUGUAUUACUUGUCUUUGUCUCUCCAACCUAGUCCCUCAACUGCGAACAACGUCGGAAUUCUCCUCGCAAGCGUUCAGCAAACAGUGGCCCAUAGACAACCCUCCAAGGCAUGGCAGCAGAACAUGCCUGAAAUACCUGGCAUAACGCCUGGAUCAGGUAUUGCUCUUGCACUGAUGUAUUACAAUUACGGCCUUAAGCUCGAUUCGAAACAUGCACAUCUAUACACCAAUUUGGGCAGUCUACUCAAGGACAUAGGCCAGCUGGGUGCUGCUAUACAGAUGUAUGAAAUGGCUGUAGCUCACGAUGGCACCUUUGAUAUCGCUCUUGCUAAUCUUGCAAACGCUGUCAAGGACCAAGGCAGAAUUGCUGAUGCAAUUACCUACUACAAGCGAGCUGUUCAUUCAAGUCCGGACUUUGCUGAGGCAGUAUGCGGGCUAGCGAAUGCAUUAAACUCAGUUUGCGGUUGGACUGGAAGAGGGGGGAUAGCUGCGGCAAAUGGAGCACGAGAUAGAUGGCACGUGAAUGAUAAAGGCAUGCUGCUUGAUGCCACUCAGCCAGGCGCUGUGAGUACUGGCUGGAUCAAAAGAGUUGUAGAUCUCGUCGAGAAACAGCUCGGUGAGGGAGAAAGCUGGGGAACGAAUGUUAUCGACGCACCAUUCACCGAGGAAAUAGUCGCACAAUUGGCAUAUGACGGCACAGGGGCCUCUGAUCUCAAGGACGCCGGUGCCAUCCUUCGUGCGACAUUGAAGUCAUGGUGUCGACAAAAGUGGGAAGGGGCUCGGGUUGUCCGCUUAGUUGAACGCGCCAUCAGAAGACUUGGCUGGAGGUGGUAUCACGAUAUCCAGAAUGAACGAGAGCAGCAGGGACCAAGUGCUUAUAAACGGCCUCGCCUCCCUAGCGCCCUCACAAUUCCUGCCGCGCCGACAGUUCUACCCUUCCAUACAUUCACUUGUCCUAUGUCUGCGAAGCAGAUUCGCCUGAUAUCUCAACGAAAUGGCCUCCGUAUCUCAACAUCGACACUCAAGGCGCCGUGGCUCCCCUCAACAGUAUAUCCACCGCCCUCACCCCCUCAUCCUUACAUUAAAGUUGGCUACGUAUCGUCAGACUUCAACAAUCAUCCUCUUGCACAUCUAAUGCAAUCUGUGUUUGGCUUACAUGAUCGAAAGAAGGUGAAAGCAUAUUGUUAUGCUACCACAGCAAGUGACAAUUCGGUGCACAGGCAUCAAAUUGAAAAGGAAGCCCCAGUAUUCCAUGACGCCCAUGAUUGGACUGCUGAGAAGCUCGUAAAGCAGAUCAUAUCUGAUGGCAUACAUAUCCUGGUUAACUUGAAUGGCUAUACCCGAGGUGCGCGUAAUGAGGUGUUUGCUGCCCGCCCAGCGCCGGUACAUAUGUCUUUCAUGGGAUUUGCCGGAACCUUGGGAGCAGAAUGGUGUGACUACCUACUCGCCGACGAGAUGGCGGUACCCCUUGAUACAUUAAGACCAUGGCGUCGCAAUGUCACAAUCCAGGAUCAACUGGUGGAUGAAAAUAGUGGAGGUGACGAGGAUGAUUGGGUUUACGGCGAGAAUAUAGUCUUUUGUCGGGACACGUUCUUCUGCUGUGAUCACCGCCAAAGUGCUCCGGACGCAAAAGAGCCACAGCUGAGUUGGGAAGAUGAGCAGGUCCGGCGAUGGACCAUGCGCAAAGAAAUCUUCCCACACCUCCCAGAUGAUACUAUCAUUCUGGGAAACUUCAAUCAGCUGUACAAAAUCGAGCCUACUACCUUCCGCACCUGGCUCCGCAUCCUUGCGGCUCUUCCAAGAGCCAUCCUAUGGCUUCUUCGGUUUCCAGAUCUUGGCGAGACUCAUCUUCGCGCCACAGCGACUGCAUGGGCUGGCCCAGAAGUCGCAGCCCGAAUUCAGUUUACUGAUGUGGCGCCAAAACAUCAGCAUAUCUCGCGCGCUCGCGUCUGUGACCUCUUCCUCGAUACACCAGAAUGUAAUGCGCACACAACAGCUGCAGAUGUGCUUUGGAGCGGCACUCCCUUGAUAACAUUUCCGCGGUACAAGUACAAGAUGUGCUCGCGUAUGGCAGCAAGCAUCCUCAAAGGUGCGCUUCCAAAGAAUGAUGAUGGCAAGCGGGCGGCAAAGGAUUUGAUCAUGUCAAGUGAGGAAGAAUACGAGGAGAAAGCCAAAGAGCUUAUUAGCCAGUGCCAUUACGAGGGACACAGGCUGCGAGGCAGGCUUUCCGACCUCCGCAAAACUUUGUACGAGGCACGGUGGUCCAGUGCGUUGUUUGACACUAAGCGGUGGGUCCGCGACCUUGAGCAAGCUUAUGAGAUUGUAUGGAAGAAGUGGGAGAGAGGCGAAGGGGGCGAUGUUUGGCUCGACGAGAAGAGGGUGCAAGAAUUAGCAUGAGGGCACUAUGGCGCUUGGCAGAUCUGGAGACUACGUGCAUCGAGCAAGGCGCAAAAUCUAUUUGGAACCCUUUAGUACCUAUCACAUUGGCGAUUUAGCGGG